CUCUAAGCAUCACUGGAUUUAUCCUCCUCCACAACACCGUGUACAGGCAAGGAGGGGGAGACUGACAAUUCAGCCUAACGCCAACAGGAGGGGGGAGACCCUGGAAUGUAGUAAAUCCUCAGCCAUGGUGAGGGAGGGGGCACAAGGCAACUCCAGGGCCUGGUGCAUGAGUGUGUUCAGCCUGGUCCUCCUCCCUGCAGACCUCUAGAGCAGAGCAUCCUUCAUCCUCAGGAGGAGGAGGAGGAGAGGGAUCCAAGGUCUAUGUGAUGAUGAUACUCUUAGCUGACAUGGAGCACUGGAGACUUUGAGGCUCCUUCCAGGAAGCUACCUAGUUUGGGCUUUCUCCGCACAGAGGGAGGGACAGCUGCAGGUUAGAAACAUGGAGAUCUUGGCUCUUGCAAGUACAAGCAGCGUCUUGCUGAUGCUAUUGCCCUGCUUCCUGCCAGCUGCUGUUACUGGGGACAUUGCCAUUAAAGUGCCCCUGAAGAAUCACCAAGACCAUGGAGCGGUCCAGUCUAUCAGAGCUAGGAGGUCAGCAGAAGAAGACACCGGGCAAGAAACCAACUUCAUGGACAUGAAAGACAACCUGAGAGGGAAGUCUGGUCAAGGAUAUUACGUGGAGAUGAGGGUGGGCACUCCUCCUCAGACGCUUAACAUUUUGGUUGAUACUGGCAGCAGUAACUUUGCAGUGGGUGCAGCCCCCCAUCCUUUUCUGAAAAGAUACUAUCAUCGACAGAGGUCCAGGACGUAUCGGGAUGUCCGAAGAGGAGUGUACGUCCCAUACACUCAGGGAAAGUGGGAGGGAGAAUUGGGUACAGAUUUAGUUACAAUCCCACAUGGUCCCAACGUCACCAUCACAGCAAACAUUGCAGCCAUAACUGACUCCGAUAAGUUCUUCAUCAAUGGCUCCAACUGGGAGGGAAUCCUGGGACUUGCCUAUGCGGAGAUUGCGAGGCCGGAUGACACACUGGAACCAUUCUUUGACUCUCUUGUAAAGCAAACCCGGGUUCCGAAUAUAUUCUCAUUGCAGUUGUGUGGGACAGGAUACCCCAUCAAGGAGGGCAACACGUCAGCCUCCGUGGGAGGAAGUAUGGUCAUUGGCGGGAUCGACUCAUCCCUUUAUGUAGGGAAUAUAUGGUACACACCAAUCAGAAAGGAGUGGUACUAUGAGGUCAUCAUUGUAAAAAUCGAAAUCAAUGGACAAGAUCUGAUGAUGGAUUGUAAAGAGUACAACUAUGAUAAGAGCAUUGUUGACAGUGGAACCACAAACCUUCGCCUGCCAAAGCGUGUGUUUGAUGAAGCUGUUAAAGCGAUAAAAGCUGCUUCCUCGACCGAGAAAUUCCCUGAUGGCUUCUGGUUGGGAGAACAGCUGGUAUGCUGGCAGGAAGGUACAACACCAUGGAAUAUCUUCCCAGUAAUUUCUCUGUACUUGAUGGGCGAAGCUACCAAUGAGUCCUUCCGCAUCACUAUCUUGCCGCAGCAAUACCUUCGUCCUGUGGAGGAUAUCGCUACGUCUCAGGAUGACUGCUAUAAGUUUGCGGUAUCCCAGUCUUCCACGGGCACAGUUAUGGGAGCUGUCAUCAUGGAGGGCUUUUAUGUUGUUUUUGAUCGUGCACGUAAACGCAUAGGAUUCGCAGUCAGCACAUGUCAUGUUCAUGACUAUUCCCGCAAGGCCUCUGUGGACGGUCCAUUUUAUGCCUCAGACUUGGAAGACUGUGGAUAUAAUACCCCCCAGCUGGAUGAGUCGGCAUUGAUGACUACGGCCUAUGUCAUGGCCGGUGUCUGUGCGCUCUUCAUGCUCCCCCUCUGUCUAAUGUUGUUCCAGUGGCGCUGCUUCCGCUGUCUAAGACGAUCCCAAGAUGAUUUUGCUGAUGAUAUUUCCCUUCUGAAAUAAGAAACUCCAUCUCCUCUACAUACAUAGAUGGCUGCUUCCAGAGGGCAGCAAGACAACAUGGCCUGUGCGGCAGGGUUUGGCUAUAAAAUAGCCAUUGGGGGCCAGGACACGUGUGAACCAAAUGAUGGAUUAUGUAGCAGCUUUACAAUACAGCCUCUCAAAUCUCUCACUUGUGAUUAAGCAAAAAUGCCUCUUUUUAUCAGUGCUACAUGUGAAUAGGACAGAGGAAGCUUUUAUUAACACAAAGCCAUAUUGAAGACUGUCAAACUGCUUUCCCUGUUGUCCAUGCUUCACGCUAAUUCAUGUGGCCCCUGGUUUGCUGGUGAUAUUCUAAGUGUACAUUAUUUGGAAUGCAAACAAAAUCACGUAAGGAAAGCGGUGAAAGGGCGAAAGCCAAUGGAAGAACCUGAGAGGAUGAAAAGGCUCCAAAUAUGCACCAGCCCCAUAUUUGCAGGGUUCCAUGUAUGGCCAUUGUAGUACAGGUGUGCUGGUGGCAUCGAUACACUAUGAAUGAGUGUAAAGAAUGGGCGAAGCUAGGCAGUGAGUGCCCGAAGUCUAAAUAUCCCUUUCAGUCCACAAGGGCUAACUAACAUUAGGGACCAAAUGUUUACUAUAAGGCAGGAAACCCUGUUAACCUAAUAUCCCCAAACUGUUUUUAUGUAUAUUGCCUUCCUCAAUAUAUUUAUAACAUUUCUUUUUGUUGGUGAAACUGGCAGCACCAAAAUCAGGUAAAUAGGUGAAAGACCAAUUUUACAUGAGGUUAAAGGGGUACUCCGGUGGAAAACUUUUUUUCUUAAAUCAACUGGCUCCAGAAAGUUCAAACAGAUUUGUAAAUUACUUCUUUUAAAAAAUCUUAAUCCUUAGGCUAGGUUCAGACUACGGAAUUUCCGCCUGCAAUUUCGCUUUGAAAUUCCGCUUGCUAAAAUGUAUAGUGUAGUGAAUGGUUUUCCGUUCACAAAUUCACACUUCGGAAUUUGUGAACGGAAAAUCCGCUUGGGAAUUUCUGCCAGAAGAAAGGGGUUGCUCUUUCUUCAGGCGAAAAUCCGCGCGGAACACAUUGCAGUCUAUUGGAGACUGUGUCCGCGCGGUCCUAGCGCCGACUGAUUCCGUCAGCGCUGGACGCACUCGGAAUCUCCGGGCGGAAAUUUUCUGCCCGGAGAUUCCGUAGUCUGAACCUAGCCUUAUAGUACUUAUAUUAGCUGCUGAAUACUACAGAGGGAAUUCUUUUCUUUUUGGAACACAGAGCUCUCUGCUGGCAUCACGAGCACAGUGCUUUCUGCUUACAUAUCUGUCCAUUUUAGGAACUGUCCAGAGCAGCAUAUGUUUGCUAUGGGGAUUUUCUCCUGCUCUGGACAGUCCUUAAAAUGGACAGAGAUGUCAGCAGAGAGCACUGUGCUCGUGAUGUCAGCAGAGAGUUCUGUGUUCCAAAUAAGUACUGGAAGGAUUAAGAAUUUUUAAUAGAAGUAAUUUACAAAUUUGUUUCACUUUCUGGCACCAGUUGAAAAAAAAAAAAGGUUUUCGACCGGAGUACCCCUUUAAUAGCUGCAAAUCCCCAGCCAUCUGCUGGUCUGAUCACUUGAACUAACACCAUUAUAUAGAUGUUGUGAAUUUGGAUAAUGUGAUCCAUGGCGGGUGGGCCUGGAUUUUCUGCUGUAAUACAGGUGCAGAAAUGCAUCGGCAGUACACUCUUGUGAACUUGGCUGAAGUCAGAGGACCUGUCAGCUCUUCUGACAUGUCUGUUAUAGAAAAUACUUGUAUUUCUUAUGACAUAACUAUUUAGCAGCAUCUUUUCAAAGAACUCUGUUUAGCCGUUCCUCUCUUACUCCUCCUGAAAACUGAUUUGGUAAUUUGGCAUUACCCUUAUCAGUAGGGAUGCAUUCCUAAACAGAUGAUUAGCACUGAUUGUUUAAAUAUACAUUUCCAGGAGGAAUAACGGGGAAAAGCACAAAACAAAGCUCUAAGGCUGGGUUCAGACUACGGAAUUUCCACCUGCAAUUCUGCUUUGAAAUUGCAGGCGGAAAUUCCGCUUGCUAACAUGCAUAGUGUAGUGUAGGGUUUCCGUUCACAAAUUCACACUUCGGAAUUUGUGAAGCGGAAUUUGUGAACCUAAAAAUCCGCUUGGAAAUUUCCGCCUGAAGAAAGGCGUUGCUCUUUCUUCAGGCGGAAAUCCGCGCGGAACACAUUGCAGUCUAUUGGAGACUGUGUCCGCGUGGUCCUAGCGCCGACUGAUUCAGUCAGCGCUGGCCACACUCGGAAUCUCUGGGCGGAAAUUUUCUGCCCGGAGAUUCUGUAGUCUAAACCUAGCCUAAGAAAGUUUAUGGCACUGCCAAAGAUAGUUGAGCACAGAACUAUGACGCAGUCCCACAAAGUAUUAUUUUAAAGGGGUACUCCACUGGCCAGUGUUGCGGAAGUAAAUGUUCUGAAUGCUGUUUUUGCACUGAAGGGGUCAGACACACCCCCUCAAUGCAAGUCUAUGGGAGGGGGCGUGACGACUGUCACGCCCCGUCCUAUAAACUUACAUCGAGGGGGCGUUACCAUGAUGUCACGAAGGGGCGUGGCCAACUCCCGCAGCGCGAAAAUAGCGUUCAGUACAUUUACUUCCAAACGUUGGCCAGUGGAGUACCCCUUUAAUGACUGUAUGCAUAUCACCGCCCCAAUAAGGACCCCCAUUCUCGUGAACGGAGGGGUCCCAGCACUCUGAACCCCGUCCACUCAGCCGCUUAUCACCCAUCCUGUGGAUAGGUGAUAAGUUGUUUUUAUCAGAAAACUUAACUUUAAUUAUUUCCAAUGCUUUUUUGUCAGUAUGGAAUGCUUAGCCCUCCCCCGUAAAUCUUUCAUCUGUGGGGUCUCAUCUGUAUCAAAUCCUUAUGUAGCAUAUGAAACAGGUAGAAACACCUUGUAAAAUAUGUUGUCAUUUAGUCAAAACCCUGUAUGGUGAUAUCAUCUUGUUUGUUAUGAAUGUGGCUGUGCAGCAUUAUACAGUGCGAUUCUACCUGUAUACAUUGUAGGAAGAUGAACACACACUGGAAGAUCUGGUCUGGAUCCAAAAGAACAAUGUGUCAAUGGAGAUCAGAUUUAAAGGGGGAGGGAGGACUUCUAUGUAAAGGGUACAUGUCAUGACUUCAUGCUGCCCGAACCAUGCGUGACCCGGUGGCUUCUCCCUCUCCAUCAGCCUUGGUUGAUAGAUCCUGAUUGGGUAUAGAGGGAGAUCAAGGCUGGCGGGUGGAGAAAAGCCACUGGGUACCACCCUGGUGGAUAACCGUUCAGGCAGCAUGAAAGUGACUAUACAGGUUCCCUUUAAAUCAUAGACAAAACAAUCUUUUCAAUCCAACUGUAAGUGAUGAUUAAUAAUUGUUGUAUUUAUGGUACUAAAAGAAUCAGUAACAAU